CACGCUGAAAAUGCACGCAUUGAACGUACCUUAGAAGUUCGCCCAAGUGAAUACAGUUCAGUGGUUCCCACCAUAGACAUAUGUACCAUAGAUAUAUAUACAAGUUCCAGUGUUGGGCGUAAUUUGCGUACGUGAUGCUAGAAUCCAAACACCUCGUUUACGAAAUCUUUCCUUUCGCUGUUGACGUUGGGGAAAUGUUCGAAUGGAGGCAGAAAACUUCAGUGUAACUUAGGUCUAAUCGGCCAUGAAGCCCUUCACGACUUCCCAGCACUAAAACCCACCUCGUGAUCAGAGAGCUAGAAAACAAAUGAUGUUCCCGUUACUGAUCUAUUUUCGGAUAAAUUACUAGUUUAUUCGGGAAGAAACAACUGAUAGCUAGCAUAGGAUGGCUAAAAAAAUUGUAAAGCAGGAUGUUCCAAGCAAGAAACUGUAUGUCAUCGCUAAUUUGCGAGAUAUGUGAUGCUACUUCCAUCUCUUUGCACUAGCUAAAUUAACGUUUGCUGAGUUUAAUUAUUAACAUAGUCUAGCUAGAUUAAUAGCUAGUUUACGUUAUCGUUAGUUAGGCGCACGAUCGCUGCUGCUGGACACAGAAUCAACAACUAUCUUUAUUCCAUCUGAUGUGAGUUGGGUCGUGGAAAUACUGCAUAAACUGCCAUACAUUAGCUGACGUUACUGUGAUUAUGUGCUGACCGACGAGCUGCCAUGGUUUUCCUGAGAGAGGGUCUCUGUCCAGGACUGUCUGAAGAAUUUAUUCAGAUUCUGCGGACCAAGGACGUUAGGACUGUAGAGGAUCUGGUUUCUUCAGACACCGAAGAACUUGCCCAAAAAUGCUCUGUGUCCUAUAAGGCCCUGGUAGCAGUGCGCCGUGUGCUACUGGCCCAGCACACAGCCUUCCCUGUGUCAGGAGCAGAUCUUUAUGAGGAGCUACUGAGUUCCACAGCAAUCCUGUCUACAGGCAAUGCCAGUCUGGAUAAGCUUCUGGACACUGGUCUAUAUACUGGUGAGCUGACGGAGCUGGCUGGUACCCCAGGGAGUGGAAAAACACAGGUGUGUUUUGGUGUUGCUGCAAAUUUAUCUUGUGAACUGAAGCAGAACGUUUUGUAUAUUGACUCAUCAGGGGGGCUGUCAGCAACUCGCUUGCUUCAAAUGAUCAAGACCAAGACUAGUAGCGUGGAGGAGCAGAUGGAGGCUUUUCAGAGGAUCCAGGUGGCUCAAGUAUUUGAUGUCUUCUCUUUACUUGAGUGUCUGCACAAUCUCAGAAGUGGAGGGUUUCAGCAGAUGUCUGCGGGAGGUGGCACACUUAAAGCUGUCAUAGUAGACUCUGUUACAGCAGUUCUGUCUCACAUACUGGGAGGAAAACAGACUGAUGGUAUGUCCUUGAUGAUGCAAGUUGCAGGAGAGCUGAAAACAAUUGCGAAAGACCUUAAUGUUGCUGUUCUGGUGACUAAUCAUGUGACCAGAGAUGGCAGUGGGAUUCUGAAGGCUGGAUUGGGGCUAUCCUGGAGUCAUGUCCCUCGAACCCGGGUCCUCCUGGAAUGCAUGGAGAAUCCAGGUUCUGCAUACUGUAGUCUGCGCACUGCAACAUUAAUCAAGUCUUCCAGACAGCCAUGUAACCUUACCCAGGAAUUUGAUUUGAACUCUUGGGGCGAGACAGAGAUUGAGCUUCCUGGACCCUCAGGAAAGAGGAAGCUGGUAGACGAAGAUCCCAGCCAAGCUUGAAUAUGUGUAUUCAUAAAGACAGCAUCACAAACCUUUUUUCAUUGUGUAACAAAUGUGGAUUGUUUCCUUAGCUUACCCCUAGGCCUUAUAAUUGUAUUUUAAUUCAUUUUUUACUUUUCAUUUCUUACACACAAACAAUAAAUUCUGAUUGCAUGUCUAUAUUGGUAAAAUAUAA